AUGUGCAGUCAACAUUCAGACAGGCGGUCACGACCAUACGAUGGCUGCCUGGCUGAUACACUUUCCGUACGCCUGAUCCAUUUUGCCGGAUUGUGCGGACAAUAUCGGAUUGUGAGACAAUAUCGUGAUCACUGGACACGACAUGUGCUGAACCGAGGUGUGUCACGUGACUCCAUUCUGAACGGGACGGGUAGUGUCGGCGAUGGAAUGUUCAGGCACGAGGCGGAAAAUCACAGAGCCCGAACUGGUUUGUAUGGAUGGUGUGCUCGUUUGGGCUCCCGUUGUCGGGUUCGAAUUCCUCGUGUUCCAAAGGGCGUUUUAUAUGACCUAUUAGUGCACGCGAUCUUGACUGUGUUGACCGCUCUCGGCCUGUUCUUGCAUCCAUUUUAUCAUAGUUUGGUGCUGCUGGAUGUGAUCCGUCGCGAGGAGACCUUGCUCAAUGUGAUCCGCUCGGUUACCAAAAACGGUCGAUCGAUUCUGUGGACCGCGCUGUUGGCACUCAUCAUGGUGUACAUCUAUGCCAUUCUCGGAUUCGUGUUCUUCAGAGACGAUUUCCUGUUAGAAAUUCAGACAUUCACACCGUCAGCGAAUGAUACCGCUUGUACCACAGUAUCUUCAAUACUUCAAGGAUCCGCACAAUCCUCAUGUGUCAGCGAUUCCAUGGAUUCCGAGUCGAAAGUGGAACGACAUUGUGAUUCUCUGAUAAUGUGUAUGCUGACCACAUUACACGAGGGUAUACGAACCGAUGGAGGCAUCGCAGAUGUGUUACGACGUCCGAGUAUUCAUGUGAGUUUGGAUACCGGCUAUCGUACCAUUUAUGCACGGGUGUCAAACACUUGA